AUGAUGCCUAGAAAUCAAAUCUUGAGAGAUAAUCAUGAAGCUGCCGCAGCGUCUCCGAACCCUAAAUCGAGACCGACCACACCAAACCCUAGCUCUCGGAAGCUCAAAUCCAACAAGGAGAACGCGCCUCCAACGCCGGCCGCAGAUCCGACCUCAAUGACGUCGUCUCCUGCUUCCAAGAUAAGGAGUCCUCUUCCCCCUCGCCCGCCGCUCAAGCGCAAGCUCAGUGUCGAGUCUGCGGGGGCCGAUAAUUGUGGAGCAGCUGCGAAUUCUCUAGAUUCUGGAGUGAAGGUGAUAGUGCGUGUGAGACCCCCAAACAAGGAGGAAGAAGACGGAGCGAAUGUAGUUCAGAAAAUUACGGAAGAUUCUUUAACAAUAUCAGGGCAAACCUUUACAUUUGACUCUAUUGCUGAUAUUCGGUCAAAACAGAUCGAUAUAUUCGAACUCGUAGGUGCACCACUUGUUGAAAAUUGUCUUGCUGGUUUUAAUAGCUCUGUCUUCGCGUACGGGCAGACUGGUAGCGGCAAGACGUACACCAUCUGGGGUGCAUCCACUGCCUUGUUGGAGGAAGAACAGCAGGGCCUAGCACCACGUGUAUUCCGCAGGCUAUUUGAACGGAUUGCUGAGGAGCAAACCAGGCAAGCUGAUAGACAACUGGUGUAUAUGUGUCGCUGCUCUUUCCUCGAGAUAUACAAUGAACAAAUAACUGAUUUGUUGGAUCCAAGUCAAAAGAAUCUCCAGAUCAGGGAAGAUGUCAAAACUGGUGUUUAUGUAGAAAAUCUAAGAGAAGAGUGUGUAACCUCUAUGAAGGACGUGUCUCAGCUUCUGUUAAAGGGGUUGUCAAACCGAAAAACCAGUUCCACGCGUGUAAAUGCUGAAAGUUCUCGUUCCCACAGCGUUUUCACAUGUGUGGUUGAAUCACGCGGCAAGAGUGCGGCCGAUGGUUUAAGCCGUUUGAAAAUGAGCAGAAUCAAUUUUGUUGACCUUGCUGGAUCUGAGAGACAAAAGCAAACAGGUGCAGCUGGAGAACGCUUAAAGGAAGCAGGGAAUAUUAACCGCUCGCUUUCACAACUAGGGAAUUUGAUUAAUAUUCUGGCGGAAGUUUCUCAGACAGGAAAACAAAGGCACAUUCCGUACAGAGAUUCGAAGCUGACUUUUCUGUUGCAGGAAUCUCUUGGGGGAAAUGCAAAGUUGGCAAUGAUAUGUGCCAUUUCUCCAUCUCAAAGCUGCAAGAGCGAGACUCUCAGUACACUAAGAUUUGCACAACGAGCCAAAGCAAUCAAGAAUAAAGCGAUUAUUAAUGAGGAAAUGCAGGAAGAUGUAAAUGUCUUGAGAGAAGUGAUUCGGCAGUUGAGGGAUGAACUGCACAGGAUGAAGGCCAACAACCAUGAUCAAACAGGUCAAAAUGGGGCUUAUGCCACUGGAUGGAGUGCCAGGAGAAGUUUGAAUCUCCUGAGAUUUAGCCUGAAUCGGCCAAUGAUGUUGCCUAAUACGGAAGAUGAUAGUGAUGAAGAAAUGGAGAUAGUAGAUACAGAUGAGGCAAUGGUUGAAGUUCCUGUAGAAAAAUGUCCGUUAUCACCUGAACAAGGAUUUGAAGAUACAGAUGUUAAUAUGGAAGAUGUAGUAGAUGAAACAGUUGAAAAGGAUAAAUCCAAUAUAAUCGGUGAUGGACUAAUGGGAAGACGGGUAGAAAUGUCGCAUGAAAGUAAGUCAAAAAUAGUACUUGGAACUGAUGGUUGUGAACAGUCUGAAGAUAAAGAAUGUACUCCCUCUAAUUUUGGAAAAUUGCCAGGUGGCAAUCUGUCUAAGAAGCCAGUGGAGCAAUGUUCAGCAAUUCAGCUUUCUGCAGGCACGGAAAAUACAUCUGAGAAAUCCACCAACUGCAUUGAGGAUUGCCAAGCUUCUGAGCUCAGUAUUGUUCCAAUUGAUGUGCCCCCUGCUCUGAAGUCUCCUGCCCCUAGUGUUUCACCAAAACUGAACAAUAGCAGGAAAAGUCUUAGGACCUCAUCAACAGUGACGGCUUCUCAGAGUUUUCCCACUCAAAGUGACUUGAAGGAUGUAAAAACAUCCAUGACAAAGCCUUCUAAAAGCAUCUGUCUGAAUUCUCUCUCCACUCGCAGAAAUUGUUUUGCAUCAACCGAUCAUUUGGCUGCAACUCUUCAUCGUGGUCUUGAAGUUAUUGAGAGUCAACGCUUCAGUCCUGCUCUGAGAAGAUCAUCAUUUAGAUUUUCUUGCAUGCCGAAUGAUGUUAAAGCAGUUAUACCAGCUGUUAAAGUUGAUGUUGGUGUUCAAACUGUUUUUCAUGACAACGGACUAAUUGACAAAGACGCCAUAGAACCACUGUGUAGUAAAUGCAAGGUCACAACUGGCCGGCAGGAUAUCUUAAAUGAUGAUGCCCAAAAUUUACAGUUAGUUCCUGCUAAUGGGUCUGUUUCACAUGAUAUGUGCAACAAGCAAGUUCCCAAGGCAGUAGAAAGGGUUUUGGCUGGAGCUAUUCGGAGAGAAAUGGCAUUAGAAGAGAUGUGUGCCAAACAAAAUUCUGAGAUCAUGCAACUUAAUCGUUUGGUCCAGCAAUACAAACAUGAGAGAGAGUGUAACGCCAUAAUUGGUCAAACCCGUGAAGAUAAAAUUGCUCGAUUAGAGAGCUUGAUGGAUGGAAUAUUACCUACUGAGGAGUUCAUGGAGGAGGAGCUCUUGUCCCUCACCCACGAACAUAAGAUUCUUCAGGAACAAUAUGAUAAUCAUCCUGAUGUUUUGAGAACAAAAAUUGAAUUGAAAAGAGUCCAAGAUGAAUUGGAAAGAUACCAAAAUUUCUUCGACUUGGGUGAGAGGGACGUUCUAUUGGAAGAAAUACAAGAUUUAAGAACUCAGCUGCAGUCUUACUUGGACUCUUCUGGGAAGACGUCAAAACGUCAAACCCCUCUCUUAAAGCUAAUAACUUCACCUGAGCCAGGUCCAGAGCCUACUCUUUCCACUAAUUCAGAGUCAAUAGAUAAUGCCAACGAGAAACUUGAGCAGGAGAGAAUCCAGUGGACUGCAGCCGAGACCAAAUGGAUUUCUCUAGUAGAGGAGCUUAGAACAGAACUUGAAGCCAAUCGAUCUGCUGUUCAAAGGCAAAAGCAGGAGCUGGACAUUGAAAAGAAGUGUUCUGAAGAGCUUAAAGAAGCAAUGCAGAUGGCAAUGGAAGGUCAUGCACGCAUGCUUGAACAAUAUGCCGAGCUUGAAGAGAAACACAUGCACCUGCUUGCCAGACACAGAAGGAUUCAAGAUGGAAUUGAUGAUGUGAAGAAAGCUGCAGCAAAGGCUGGAGUAAGAGGUGCAGAAUCUAAAUUUAUCAAUGCCUUAGCAGCAGAAAUCUCAGCCCUAAAAGUGGAAAGGGAAAAAGAGAGAAGAUACUUUAGGGAUGAAAACAAAGGCCUUCAGGCUCAACUGAGGGAUACUGCUGAAGCUGUUCAGGCUGCUGGGGAAUUACUUGUUCGGCUGAAAGAAGCAGAAGAAAACGCGGCUGCUGCAGAGAGACGAGCUGUAAUGGCAGAACAAGAAACUGAGAAUGCUUACAAAGAGAUGGAGAAAUUGAAUUCGUUGUUGGCAGCCCCUCACCUGCCUAAAGAGGAAGUUACUACUAAUGGCGGUGGGGUGGGCAGUAUUGAUCAGCAGUGGCGAGAGGAAUUUGCUGCAUCGUAUGGUGUUGCGGAAGAGCCAUCGUCAUGGUUCUCGGGUUAUGACCGUUGCAACAUAUAA